UCAACUUGUGACGCAUUUCGUGACGGUAGUGGUGCACCGGAAGUAUUCAGAAAAAAAGACGUUUUCUGCACGUUAGCUCUUAGCUGUAUAAAACUUUGCAGUUUUGUUUUCCUUUGCAAUCCUUUUCCACAUUCAUAUUUAAAGAAAUGGUGCCGGUAAACGGGAAAGCUGAUGUAUUGUUCGAGGAUGAUGACCUGCCUUAUGAAGAGGAGAUUAUUAGGAACCCCUACUCAGUCAAGUGCUGGUUGCGAUACAUUGAAUUCAAACAAAAUGGACCGAAAUCAACCUUGAAUAUAAUCUAUGAACGGGCUCUGAGAGAGUUGCCCGGAAGUUAUAAGCUGUGGUACAGUUAUCUAAGAGAACGACGUAAACAAGUCAAAGGGAAAUGUGUCACUGAUCCAGGUUAUGAAGAGGUCAAUAACUGUCAUGAAAGGGCUCUGGUUUUUAUGCACAAGAUGCCUAGAAUAUGGCUGGAUUAUUGCCAGUUCCUUGUAUCUCAGUGUAAGAUCACACGAAGUCGACGUACAUUUGACCGUGCACUCAGAGCUCUUCCUGUUACACAGCAUCCACGCAUCUGGCCUUUGUAUCUCCGUUUUGUUCGCAACCUGCCCCUACCUGAAACAGCUAUACGAGUGUAUCGUAGGUAUCUUAAGCUUUCUCCAGAAAACACAGAGGAAUACAUUGACUACUUACGGUCUGUUGGCCGUUUGGAUGAAGCAGCUGUGCGGCUAGCAGCUGUUGUCAAUGAUGAAAAUUUUGUCUCGAAAGAGGGCAAGUCAAACUACCAGCUUUGGCAUGAACUGUGUGAGCUAAUCUCCCAGAACCCUGAUAAAGUGACAUCUUUGAAUGUCGGCGCCAUUAUCAGGGGAGGCCUCACUCGCUUUACAGACCAACUGGGAAAACUUUGGUGCUCUCUAGCUGACUAUUACAUUCGGAGUGGUCACUUUGAAAAGGCUCGUGAUGUGUAUGAGGAAGCCAUCCUUACAGUGGUAACUGUAAGGGAUUUCACACAAGUAUUUGACAACUAUGCUCAGUUUGAGGAGAACAUGAUUGCCUCCAAGAUGGAGACUACUGCUGAGCUGGGGCAAGAUGAAGAUGAUGAUGUAGACCUGGAGCUCAGACUGGCCCGCUUUGAGCAAUUGAUAGCUCGGAGGCCUCUCCUCUUGAACAGUGUCCUCCUUAGGCAGAACCCACACAACGUACAUGAAUGGCACAAGCGAGUGAAAUUGUACGAUGGCAAUCCACGGCAGAUAAUCAACACAUAUACCGAGGCAGUUCAGACUGUGGAUGCAAUUAAAUCCACAGGAAAGCCUCAUUCGCUGUGGGUCUCUUUUGCCAAAUUUUAUGAAGAAAAUGAGCAGCUGGAUGAUGCCAGGACGAUCUUUGAAAAGGCUACCAAGGUGAACUACAAGCAGGUGGAUGACCUUGCUGCCGUAUGGUGUGAAUAUGGAGAAAUGGAGCUACGCCAUGAAAACUAUGAUCAAGCACUACGUAUACUGAGGAAAGCUACAGCCAUUCCAUCGAAGAAAGCUGAGUACUUUGAUUCAUCUGAGCCAGUUCAAAACAGAGUCUACAAGUCUUUAAAAGUCUGGUCUAUGCUGGCAGACUUAGAGGAAAGUCUUGGCUCAUUCCAGUCCACAAAAGCAGUUUAUGACCGCAUUAUUGACCUCCACAUUGCAACGCCACAGAUCGUCAUCAAUUAUGCAAUGUUUCUUGAAGAGCACAACUACUUUGAGGAAAGCUUCAAAGCAUAUGAGCGAGGUAUCGCAUUAUUUAAGUGGCCAAAUGUGUAUGAUAUCUGGAACACUUACCUCACCAAGUUCAUUGACCGGUACGGGGGCAAGAAGCUGGAAAGAGCCAGAGAUUUGUUUGAACAAGCCCUAGAUGGUUGCCCUGCAAAGUUUGCAAAGACUAUUUACUUGUUGUAUGCAAAGUUGGAAGAAGAGUAUGGAUUAGCGAGACAUGCCAUGGCUGUGUAUGAAAGAGCAACACAAGCAGUUGAAACUGAGGAAAGACAUCACAUGUUCAAUAUCUACAUCAAGAGAGCAGCGGAAAUUUAUGGUGUAACAUAUACCAGAGCAAUAUAUCAGAAAUCUAUUGAGGUGCUUCCUGAUGAGCAUGCGAGGGAUAUGUGUCUUCGAUUUGCUGACAUGGAGAGUAAGCUGGGUGAGAUUGAUCGUGCCAGAGCAAUCUACUCCUACUGCUCUCAAAUCUGUGAUCCAAGGGUGACCUCUAACUUCUGGCAAACCUGGAAAGAAUUUGAGAUUCGCCAUGGAAAUGAAGACACGAUUAGAGAAAUGUUGAGGAUCAAACGCAGUGUACAGGCUACGUACAACACCCAAGUUAACUUCAUGUCCUCUCAGAUGCUGAAGGCCACAACAAGUGCCACUGGCACUGUGUCAGAUCUUGCUCCAGGCCAGACAGGAGUCGAUGACAUGAAAAUGUUGGAGCAGAAAGCACAUCAGCUUGCUGCAGAAGCUGAGAAGGACAAACCAAAGCCCAAAGAGAAGAUCCUGUUUGUUAGAAGUGACACUUCUCGAAGUGAAUUGGCUGAGUUAUCCAAACAAGCCAAUCCUGAUGAGAUUGACAUUGAUGAUGACGAUGAUAAUGAGGCUGAUGAUGCAGAUCAAGAACCAGAGGAAGUGCAACUUGAACAGAGAAGUGUCCCAACAGCUGUCUUCGGUGGCCUGAAAGAUGAAUAAAAAUGUUCCUUAUUGAAAUCUCUUAAGAUCUAGUCUUUGGAUUCUACUGGUGACCAUUGGAGAAGAAGACAGACUUUUUAAGCAAUGUAUCCAUUAGUGGUAUCCACUUAUCCACACUAUUUUUUUUUUUAUAAGACCAGAAGUCAGAGACCGGCACAGACGUAGUUAUGUUGCCUACAUAAGCCACUAGAUGUCAGUCUUUUUAUGUAUUAUGGUAAUUGUUUUAGUUGAGUAGUUUUCAAGAAAAUACUUGUCACAAUAUAUCUUAAAACAUGUAUUACUUUGUUUCUACGCCAUAUUUCUUACAAUGACAAAAUAUUUUUGUACAUCUUAAAAAUGCAGAGUUUUCACUGUGGCCCUGUCUCAAAACAUUGGGGUGGAGCAUAGAUUGAACAGGGAGCAUUCACUAGUUCGCUUACAUGCGUCAUGUUGACUUGUGGAUCAUUACUCCAGUAGGUGUGUCUUCAAAUGAGGCUGGUAGUUUAAAAAAGGUUUCAUAACAUACUGGUCAGUCUCCAAACAAGUAUUGCUUGUAAAUUUUGUCAAAAUGAUGGAGUGUAAGGAAGAACAUUAAACAAUGAACAACUAAUGUGAAUUGGUCUAAAGCUCAUAUCACAAUUGAGGUUGUAUUUAAUAAUGUUGCAUGUAUAUAAUAUUAUAUACAACAUUUUAAAAGAAAUCUUAGGAGCUAAUCGUUUAAGUCCAGCAACCAAAUUUUGAUCAACUUCACUUGGUUUGAUUAAACACACUUUGUACUAA